CCAUGUUGGAGCGGCGGAGGCGGCGCAGAGGCGCGUCCUGGGUCCCCGCGGCGGCGGCGCCGGUGCUAAGCGCUGGUUUGUGGAUUCCCAGUGCAGUCUGCAGUGCCUAAUGCCAUGAGCGUGGUGGCGCAGCAUGUGGAGGAGAAAGCUGUGCACUCCUGGUCACGGAUCUCCACAGCAGGGAAGAAAGCCUUGGAAGAGGCACUGCUUGUUUUUAACCCCAUGAGCCAGGAUCUGAAUGCCACAGAGGCCCAGCUUGUUGCCUUCCUGCAGGGCCUGCGAGAAGAUGGCUUCCAACCGACUAUUCUGCGCAGUGGUGAUGUCUAUGGCUACAGUUCAUGCACAGCUAACCCCCCAAGCCAAACAAAGCUGCAAGCGCGUGCCCCAACCCCAACCACCACCUCACAUCCAGUCAGUGCUCCUCAGACUACCAUGCGGCUGCCUGCAGGUCGGGCCACACUGCUACCCAUGCCUCUGUCUGGCAGGCUUUCCAAAACAUCCACUCCAGCCCUUACCAAGCAUGCUACUACCAACUUGUUACUGAGCUCCCUGAAGCAGUCAAGUGCCAGUCAUGCCCGGGGUGCAGCAGUGGGCUUCCCUGCUCACCUCUAUCCAGGUGUCUACCCUGCCAUGCGGCUCUCUGUUGUCCUUGAGGCUCUUGUUCCACUCAAGACUCCCAUGCCCUGCUUGGGUGCCAAACACAAGGCACAGUCAUUGAAACUCUCACUUGCAGGAUCUCCCCUCAAGUUGAGAAAAGGUCCAGGGAAGAGGCCAGAGAACUCCCAACCCAAAGCUCUUAGAAAAGCCACAAGCAAGGGUCCCAAGUGUCUGACUCUGAGUGGUCCCAGGUCCAGACAAGGCACUGGACCUCAAAACAAGAUCCACAAAACCACUAAGUCCCUUGGCGGCCAGCAAGUGAAAGGUGACUCUGCCCUGAGCACCAAAACUGCCCAGACCAGGGAAGCUCAAACACCGGCCAAAACUGCCCAUUCCCAGGCCAAGGUGGCUCGAACACAGGCUAAAGCUGCCAAGGCCCGAGCAAAAGCCAAGGCGGCACAAAUCAAGGCCAAGGCCAAGAUAAUCAGGAUCGGGGCCAAGGCCAAAGCAGCCCGGAUCAAGGCCAGGGCCAAGGCAAUGCAGGCUCAGGCUAAGGCAAUGCGGGCCAGGGCCAAAGCCAAGACAGUGCAGGCCAAGGCCAAGAUGGUGCGGACCCAACCCAGGGGGAAAGGCAGGGGCAGGCCAGAGGGGUCUCUUCAGGCCAGGACUGCCAGGAGAGGUCAGAAAGGCAGCCCCGAGACUUUGGGACUGAAAAGGAAAAGAGCUGAGGAAACAAAGGAUCUUCCUCCCAGGAAGAGAACACGGCGAGGGCCCCGAUCCCCUAAGGCAAGGCCAGGGCCUGGAAUAGCAAAACUGCUGAAAUUCCGGCCCAUCAAGGUGGACAGGCAGUCCUCGGAUGAUGAGGUGCGGCAGCAGGCUCAGCGGAUCCUCUGCGUGAACCUCUCCCCUGUAAUCCAGCUCCAGCCAUUGCUGCCGUACUCAGCAUCCACCCUGGUUCCUUCACAAAGCAAGGUUUGGGGAAACUGAGCCCAACUGUCUGGCCAGUGGCACUGUGUGGAUUCCACAACCCAAGGACUUCAGGUGCCUCACCAGGGCCCUGGC